AUGAGGAUGCGAAUGAUUGACAAAGGAGCGACAUGGCCUGUGGGCAUAGUUGCUACACCUGACCAGGAAGGACGCAUCAUCAAACCCAGUAAUAGCAACAAGAUUUCAGACUUUCAAUCAAAGUAUGCACCUGGUCGCAAUGUCCCCAAUGAUGUAGCAGCUCUUUCAGUCAACCUCAUGUUCGUUUGCAUAGCCCUUUAUGCUGUAGAGAUCUCGGCAGGUCAAGAAGGUCUAAUACUUACCGGCCUUGGUCUUGAAAGCGCCUAG